AUGGAUGGUGGCCUCGAACGUCUCGUUCGGAUCCUUCACGACUUCUGCAUGUGUCCUCCGCCUCCCGAAAACCCCACAGUUUUCUAUGGCCUCUCGCCACCCUCGUCUCACCCCUCAAAACUCGUGCCCACCCUCAACCCUAAGACCUACGACAAGCAAGCGCAGUAUCGUUUCAGUCUCGCCUUUCAAUGUGUCGUCAACAUCGGUGUUCGUGGCAGCGAGCCAAUCCGAAGCAGAGUGGUGCAGGCAGGAACCCUGGAGGUCGUCGGCUGCAUUCUGGAGGCGUGGCUGGCGGGCCGGGGAUUUGCGGUUGGCCCUAGUGUCAGCGCGAGUGGAAUGCCUCGUGAGACGCGGGAGCAGCGGUUGGCGCGACGACAGGCUCAAUCGGAAGCUCGUCAGCGGGAGCAGGCGGAUGCUUUGGCGCGGGCGCUUCAGCGACAGGUGAACGUCGAGCGCAGUCUCAGGCUCGCUGCGCGGGCGCCAUCGGCCGAACGCCAGGAUGAGCCUAUGGACACAGAACCCACUACAACGACCCUUGUUGUGCGGCAACCAGAUGCAGACACACCAACAGAUACAGAUACAUCAUCGAACGUAACACCGGGCGGUACAAAUACUCCUACUGGGGCAGUUGUUGUUCCUGGGAGAGAUCGCAGCGGAACUGUUAUCGCACGUCCGACAUGGGAUCAGGUUCCUUCGACAUCCAUCGGUCACCGACGAGUGCAUCGCUCGAGGGUCGCGGCAUCGGCAGGCGCUUCGGCUUCGACUUCUGCGGACAAUUCGCGUCCUGAAACGGAGACCGAAGACGACGGAGAUGUCGAUAUGGAUCGAGAAAGUAGUCGUGAAGAUGCUCCAUCCAUGUCGGGGUCUCCCCUCCCAGAGCGUCGGCCUUCAGCUGCAAGCACCGGCACGAUUCGACCGGCACCUGUGCAUCCGCGGAGGGCGGUGGGCAUUGUUUCUGACACACCACCUAACGACGUUGCGGCUUCCCUCGACAUCAACAGUGAUGCCCACAUCAUCAUCAACGAUCAGCGGGUUGGGGUAGAAGGCGUUGGGGUAGAAGACGGCCUAGUCUCUCUGGAGGCUAAUGAUGAUUUUGCUAUGGGUGCGCCCCCCGGUGCGCCUGGGGCUAUUGAUGGCCCUCCAGCAAGAGUUAAUGAUACUCAUACGGCUGGAGAGAGAACACCUCGUGCUGGUACCACCAAUCUCCCGCAUGUUAUCCCCAUCAUCGUCCCACCUGUUCCGAACACUGCCGUUCGAGUUACAGCUGCUGGAGAGGCGAGUGCGAUGCGACCUACUCGCAUACACGUCAAUCGAGGUACGAAUACCCAGCCUGGCGGUGGAAACACGGGAGGCACUGCGGGCGCUUCAAGCUCGCAUACACACCACGCACGCGACACUGACGGCGGACCGUACAGAGAUGAAGAUGUGCUUCUCAGCUUGCAACUACUUGCAUAUCUCAGCAAAUACCCUCACGUUCGUCAGGCGUUCUAUAAGCAGCGCCCAACGUUUCACCCUGCGACAGCGCAGCUUCCAGCUGGAGACGGUAGAUUUGCGCAACCUGUUGCCGGAUCGAGCGGGGCGACGUCGGGAAGUAGGACAUCUGGUGCCAGUGGGUCGACGUCUAGCGGUACUGAAAGGACACCGAUAAAGGAACAGAGUUCAUUCAUGCGAGCAUUUGCGAAUGCGACAGGACGCGGAAAGGAAAAAGAAAAGGCGACCCCAAUUGCUUCCUCCAAUUCCACAGCAUCUACAUCUACUACACCGACAUCAUCACAACGCAUGACCAAUGUAUUUUCUUUGGUAGAGAGAUUUACUUUCCGACAGAGCUCGGUAGACCUCGACUCACCUAACCCUCCCCCAUCACUGCCUCCGGAGAUCCAGUACUGGGCGGGUGUCAUCAUGCGCAAUGCGUGCCGGAAGGACGAAUCUCGUGGCGGGAUCAGACAAUGUGCUAAUAUGCUAUGUGGACGAUGGGAGUCGUUCCCUCGUGAGUUUGCAAAAUGCCGGCGAUGCAGGAAAGCAAAGUACUGCGGGAAAGAAUGUCAAAGUACAGCAUGGAGUGAAGGUCAUCGGUUCUGGUGCAGUGCAAAGGAUCCAGAAGAAGAUGGCGACCACCACCAUGGGCACCAUGGUGAAUCCUCUCGUUCGGCGGUGGGUGCGGUUGGCAUUACCACGAAUAACACCACCGGGGGCGCCAUAGCAGGCGCGAGUCGGAUUGACCGUAGGGACCGCGAGCGGCUUGCGCGUACAGCGACAGCGGAGUCGCAUGUAGCUGAGCAGGUGGACGCUGCUCCACCUCAGGCGAAUGCGAUGCGCACGGCUGUGCCGACACGCAGUGUGAACAUGAACCACACGCUCGCAGCGUUGAAUGCUCCACCAUCGCGAGCAGUCCUGGACGACGGGAGUGGAGAUGAUAUGAUUAUUGGUGCCUCUCUUGGAAUUCGUGAUGACUCACUGCUGCUAGCUGCCCAGGCGACGUUCAAGACCAUCAAGGCCGUCGUGCCUCUCCUUGACCGUGUUCUUGUCCAACGGUUUAAGCCUGAGACAAAAACUGCGGCUGGCAUCUUCCUUCCCCAAUCUGCGACCAGUAGCCCUCUUCCCGAGGCGACCGUCAUUGCUGUCGGUCCCGGUGCGCCAAACAAAGACGGCCAGAUUGUGGCUACUUCUGUCAAAGCUGGCGACCGUGUGCUGCUCCCUGGGUGGGGCGGCAACUCUAUAAAGGUCGGUGAAGAGGAAUACUUCUUGUUCAGGGACUCAGAGAUUCUCGCCAAGAUUCAAGAGUAG